CUCGCUACCCAGUCUCAGCCGCCGCCAUCUGCAAUAACAGAUACCUAGUCGUUCAGUUCGGUAGUCGUCGUCGGUCCGUCGUCGUUGCGUUCCAAAUAUUACCCAAGUUUCUUUCCGUGUGUGUGUCUCUCUGUGUGUUUGUGUGUGAUCGUGUCUAUAUUGUGCAAAGAAAAAAAAAACAAAGCAGGCAUACGAUGUUUUAGGCAAAAUUUGUUGUGCAACAUUUUAUUUUUCGGUAACUUUGUGAAAUUAAAGUUUUGUGUGUGUGCGAUCCAGCUUUGAACGUCAGCUCUGUUUGGCAAACUAUGAGAAUGAAGAUGCCCGACCACAACAUUGGCAGCAGCAGCUCCGGUUACGCUGGCGGCAACGGUGGCAACUACAGCGACAGCUACGACUCGGACCCGGACGGUUACAUCACGCCGCCGAACGAGGACAUCUCGGGCGGGCCAAACUACGACGAGGACUUUUCCGAGUACAUGUGGAUGGAAAACGAGGAGGAGUUUGACAAGCAGGAGAUGCAACGGCUCGAGGAGGAAGCGCUGAUGGAGCAGUGCAUAGAGGCGAUGCUGCAGGACGAAAUUGACGCCCAAGAGCAGCAGCAGGACGGCCAGCCCAAGGAGGACGCAACGGAGAGUGCCAAGGAACUCUGCAGUGCACUGUCCACGCUGCAGGUCACUAAAGAUCAGAAGGCCAACGUUGAGAAGUCAACCUUGAAUCCUUUGGCCGCGGAAUUUGUGCCAUCGGUAGUACCACCGGCGUCAACUUAAGCGCUACGGCGGCCACAACUCGACCUUUCAUUCUCUCUAGCGGUAGGCCAAACGUAAAGAAUACUCAAGUUGCAUUCAAACAAACCACACACGAAAAAACAAUGAAAGGAUACAAUCUUUACGUGUUAUUUCACACCGCAUUACGUUUGCGUUUACUUUUCUAUGAAAAGUAACGUUGAGUAUUGUUGCGAGGACUAACGACUAACAGAACAGCUGGCAGAGCAAAAGAUCGCAUGCAUGCAAAUUUCGGAAAAGAAAUAAAAAUAGUAAAUGGCGUACAAAACACAGACAAAAAAAAGUAUUCAGUUCUCAUGAUCUCAUUUCUUUGCGGCAGACUUGAGAGCAGGGCAAAACAUAAGGCAGCGCCAGAUAUCCGUGCAGAAAUAAUCAUUAUUUACAGAUAAUUCUUUGAAAUCUUUUGAACAGUUUCAAGAAUCCUAAUCGUGCUACUUGUGAAAAUUCACCCAAAAAAGUAAAAAUGUAAUUGUCUUGAAUGUUAUUAUUUUUCUCUUAUUCGCAAUUCAAGUUAUCGUAAACUUUUACAACGAAAAUCUUUGUUUCUACUGCUUCUCCGUAAUUCUAAAUUAUUCGGAAAACAAAUUCAAAAUUUAUUUAAAAGUGAAACAAAUAACAAAAUAAUAAUCAAUAGACUAAAACAAACAAAAAAGUGACUGUCUUGAUAGUAAUGUUUUUAGCCAAUUCGGUAGAUGGAAUAGAGAAACAACAAAAUUAAAAAAAAAAACUUACAGUGAAUAAACGAUAAAUAGAUAGUUCCUUAGUUCAAAAAGUAACCUGGAAGCCAUCUGCAAUACCAAUUCAAACGGUGGUCACAUGCCUAGCGUGUGGCCACUUUCUGUCUCACUUUAGCCAAGUGUAAUAGAGUUAUCUACGUGCGCAUGUAUUGCGUGUACGUACACGAAAAAAAGUGAGGUUAAAUUUUGUACCAGCCAGCAAAACAAAUGGUGUGCUAGUGUGCGUGAGAUCGGGCUUAGAUAGCUCUAUUGCAGUUUACAUAUGUUGUAGAAUUGUAAGCCGCACAAAAAAAAAAAAACAAAACAAAACAAAAAUCUCAAAAAACGCUGUUACGGAAGGUUUGAUCUAGUUGCGAACGAAAAAAAAAAGCUGCUUUUUUAUUUGUAUAAAAAUCAUAACAUGUCUACCAUCGAAAGGGUUUUUUUUUUCAUUUCUGCUGGAAGCAAAUAAUAUUUAUGGCAAGUCUGGAACCACAAGUUACGAAAGGAAUUCAAAAUUCCUUUGGCAUUACAAUGUUUCAACCUGUGAAUCGUUGCUUCUGUUCACGGAAGUGGAAGAUAACAAAUGAAUUUCACCCUUUAAAUGAGCGCCAUUAUUCACAUGAUUGGAAGAUACCACACACACAUACAUUAGCGAAGAGCCGUGUUAUAAAAUAACAUUAAAAUUGAAGAAUUCAGAAAAUAGUAAAGUCCUUGCAUUUAGGUGAAAACAAGAGGAAACCCCAAAUAUCCAGGUUCAGUCGUCCUUCCUGAUAGACUUUUUUUAUUAACGUCAUUGUGAUUUUUUUUUUAAUUUAUUUAACUGUUAAGAUAGCAGCGCAAAAAAUACAAUUAAAAUGUAAGAGAAAUAAGUUCAAACAUAAGUAUCAACUGUGUGAUAGUAAAAAAUAAAAAGUUAUAAAAUUAA